AUGGUUAACAAUAGAUUAAAAGAAAUUCAACAGUCAAAUAAGCCACUAAUAAUUAAUCAAGAACAACCAGCCAAAAUUAUUAGUUGCGAAAUAAAGAAAGGAAAGUUAAUAACUCGAUUAGACGAUGGCAGGGAAGUUAUUAUUGAGGUUAACUUGCUAACUAAAUACGGAAUAUUAGAGGAGGAUACUAAGCCCGAACAACUAAAAAAAUACGAAUUACAAAACGAAGGAAGGUAUAUUCAUUUUACCGAAACUGAUGAAAUAUUACCUGCUCGGAUAAUUAGCAAAGGAAUAUUUGCUUCUUGUGAGGAAAGCAGAGAAGAAUAA